AUGAUCCAUGCUGUUAGCCCUGGUUCUAUUUUCAUGUUGCCUCAUGGCACCCGUAUUGUUCAUAAGCUUCAAGACUUUUUGAGAAGUGAGUAUGCUCGCUAUGGAUACCAAGAGGUCAUGACUCCUUUGAUUUACAAGAAGGAUUUAUGGGAAACAAGUGGGCAUUGGCAAAAUUAUAUGGAAGAUAUGUUUAUGGUCAAGAGCGGACGUGAACAAACUGGAUGUGGCCAUAACCAUGAUGAGCAAGAGAUUGAUGUUGAUGAAGGCUUAUUUGGUCUUAAGCCUAUGAACUGUCCUGGACACUGUUUGAUUUUUGAUAGUACACCCAAGUCGUAUCGCGAUCUCCCAAUUCGUUUAGCAGAUUUCAGUCCACUUCACAGAAACGAAGCCUCAGGUGCUUUAUCCGGACUGACAAGAGUGCGUCGAUUCCAUCAAGAUGAUGCUCAUAUUUUUUGUACAGAAAACCAAAUUGCUUCAGAAAUCACAUCCUGCUUAUCUUUUGUAGAUCGUGUUUACUCUGCAUUCAAGUUUCCUCAUUAUGAUUUAACAUUGUCUACUCGCCCUGAAUCACAAUACAUUGGUUCAAUUGAAGAGUGGGAUCAUGCUGAGAAAUCUUUAACAGAAGCACUGAAUGCUACAGGUCGACCUUGGUCUAUUAAAGAAGGUGAUGGUGCCUUUUAUGGACCUAAGAUUGAUAUUAUGGUCAAAGAUUCCAGCGGAAAAUCACAUCAAACAGCUACUAUUCAACUUGAUUUUCAAUUGCCUCGUCGAUUUGGCUUGAAAUAUGUGGACGAGAAUGAUGUCAGUCAAACACCUGUCAUUGUUCACCGUGCUAUUCUUGGUUCUAUUGAACGCAUGAUGGCUAUCUUAAUUGAACAUACGCAUGGUAAAUGGCCAUUCUGGUUGAGUCCUCGACAGGGUAUUGUGAUUCCAGUCUCCACUCAGUUCUCAGACUAUGCUCAAAAAGUAGCACAGCAGUUAUCUUUGGGUGAUUCUGAAGUAUCUCAAAAUCAAUACUAUAUUGACGUAGACACUUCUCCUCGGGACAGACUAAACAAGAUGAUUCGUCAAGCUCAACUUCAGCAAUACAACUUUAUUUUCGUAGUUGGACAAAAAGAAAUGGACCAAGGCACUGUGAAUGUGAGAACACGAAAGGGUGAAGUCUUGGGAACAAUGACUAUUGAAGAAAUGCGUCAAAUGUUUGCCUCUUUGACAUCUAAAUUAGAAUAA